CCCUAUAACAAAGAGCAAAGUGCAGUUUUUAGCAGACUGGAAGGCAUUUGCUGAAUGGCACAGUGAGGCACAUAAAAGAGAGAAAAAAUGUCAGUCAGGGUCCUCAUCUGUCUCUCAGUGUUCUAAAUUGAAGAAAGCCGAUCCCAUCUGGACUCCGCCCCACCGCGAUGCCCACAGCCAGUAAGGAGGAAGGAACCUGCAGUUUCAGAGGCACCUCCUCAUGAUGAAGCGGCCCAGCCUACGCCACUCUAUCCGAAUCUGUCAGAACUGAGCCACCAACCCCCACCGAACUAUGCGCAAGCCAUCCUAUCUUCACUGGUGGCAAUACACACGAGAUCCCAAGUGAAGGGACCAACAACAUUGCUGACUGAGGGCUCCAGACCAACAAAAUCGGACCGAGAAGGGACAAUGCAUGCUGUGGUAAAUGCCCCAAUGCUAGAAGUGGCCGGAGAAGGAGGCCCUAUGCUAGUUCACAGACCCUGGACAUUGGAAGACAUCAGGAGCAGCACGACACAUCUGCCGGCGCUCCGCGAAGUAGGAGGAUGAAAGUUUGGGGAUGAACUUCAGAUAUUCUGCAGAGAAUUCAGACCCACCACUCAUGAACUAAGACGACUGCUCAUGUCGAAACAUGGCACGGACUUGUUCAAGGUUUCACGUGAAUUCCCAGAGAACGAUGUCCGCCUGAUCAACCCACAGUACGUAUCCAGGCUCACUGAGAACCAUGACGCAAACUCAGGCUUGUAGAAACCCGACGAUCUGGCAGAUGGGCAGGCGGCCGUCACAGCAUGGGAGGCACAUCUCAGAAACUGCUUUAUGAAAGGCAUAAACCAGACAUUGGCGCUAUAGUCAAACAACAAUGCAUCACCUGGGACACCGGAAACCUCACACAAGUGGAGAGGUAUUCAAUACAUGCGGAGAAGCUCUUACGAGAUGCAAAGGACAGAAAGACACAGAAGAGGGGAAAAGACCUACACACAGGGACAUUAACAAUGUUACAAGCUGCUAACGUGCAGCCCCAGCGGAUACAACAACCGGGGGGCAGAGGAAGAGCAGUGGCAUGGAGAGGAAAACCAAAAGGACGCGGACAAGGAAGGCCAGGUGGCAACCCCAUAGAUACAACUUCACAUGUUUUAUCUGUGGAAAAAUUUGGACAUUUUCAAAGAGACUGUCCAGAGCAGAAGCCGACUGACGGGCAGAGGAAGGGAAGGGUGAGGCACCUGGGAACAGAAGAGCAUCUUGCCAAAGAAGGCCACAAAGCCAGUCUCUCCAAAUUACAUUAUGUACAAGAAGAAGUGAGAUCUCUUGGGUUUCCAGCUGAGAAAGCUGUGGUGACAUCCAGAGACCUGAGUCGACCUGAAGGAUGUUCCAUUGGAAAACCCAAAUUUGAUCCUUUUGUGGACGGAUCAGCGUCACGUGACCCAGAGACGGGUAAAAAUCGAGUGGGCUAUGCAGUAGUAACCGCACACAAGACGGUCUGUCAAGAAGUCUUCCCUCAAACCUUUCAGCACAAGCAACUGAACUGUAUGCCCUCAUAGAGGCAUGAAGACAUGCUGUGGGACAGUCAGUAAAUAUCUACACAGACAGUAGAUAUGGCUUUGAGGUAGUACAUGAUUUUGGAACAAUUUGGAAACACAUGAACUUCCUGAUGAGUUGAGGAACACACACAGCCCACCACAAACUAGUCUCUGAGCUGCUGGACACAGUCCUACUCCCCAAAACUAUUGCAGUAUGCAAAUGUGAUGCACACACUAACAAAUUAGACCCUGUUUUCCUAGGAAAUGCUCGAGUGGACAGUGCAGCAAAGCAAGCAGCUGCAUCUAUGGUGCCAAAACUCAAAAGAAAAUAAUCACUCUUUCUUUACAGCUUUCAGACCUCCAAGCACAGGCUACACGGACGAGGAAAAGGCUGUGUGGCGCAAAGCAGGCUGCACGGUUGUUGACUGAGUUUGGCGGUGCCCCCAGGGCUGUCCUCGUCUUCAAAGUUGACGCAUGGCAGGGACCAUGCAUCAAAAGGGGGAAAUGACAGCUGCGAUAAACAUUGCUUUCUCUAAUUACUCUUAUAAAAUAAAUAAAUAAAUAGUUUAUGAUGUUUGUGCAACUCAUAAGGUAGAGAAGGCCAUGUCCCUACGUCCAAACAGGACUCAGACAUGGGAGUGAUAAUGAUAAUCUCCAGUGAUAAUGGCACACCUUUUAGGAGCCAUGCCCUUAAGUAGGUGGGUGAAUAUUCGAGUAUUGACUUAAAGCAGCUUCUGUGCAUAUCAUCCAGCUAGUGGUGGGGUGGUAGAGAGAGAAAAUAGGACACUAAAAAACAGACUGAGCAAAUGCUGUUCUGAAACAGGCUUAGGAUGGGCUUAGCCCCUUUGGGAUACUGUUUAGGAGACCUCCACACACAGGAAUUGAACCUGUGACCGCUCCUCUUCCCGACGCUACAGCAUAUGAUGAUGCAAUGUUAAAUUACUGUGCAACCCUGUCCUCUGCUCUGCACUCUAUCCACAAGCAGGUAAAGGCAGCACUUCAAGCUCCAGACAUGGGCCCGCUGCAUGAUCUGAAGCCAUGAGAGUGGAUCGUGAUCAAGGACUUCCACAGGACCGGGUGGAAAAAGCCACGGUGGUCUGGGCCAUUCUAGAUCCUUUUUGUCACUCACUCCGUGGUAAAGGACAGCCAGAGAGCCAUGUAGAUGCAUGCAAGCCACUGUAGGAGAGUGCCAGAACCGAGCACUGAGCUGGAGAACACAGGACUUCAAUAAGAGGCCUCUAGGAGGACCGACGCUCACUAGCGACGAUCUGCAUAUACACCCACACACAUGACACACUGCACUCCAACACACAUUCUCACACCAGUUCCUUGUGGUUACUCGACACAAGACACCAAGUGGUAUCUAGUAGCCUGCGAAAUCACAGACAUGUAGUUUUUGGAGAAAAUGUUGACGACACAAAAACUGUACUCUUAGGAGGAUAACGCCUAAGAAGGCCAUGUCAUGUCACUUAGAUCAGUACAGAAUGUUUAUCUGCUAUACAGAGACAUAAACAUGUUCUUCUGUUCAAGGUUCAUCUGCACAUCUUCUAAGACCCUGAAACAAAGCCUGUUUGAACUCAAAACAACCUCAAACCGCUUCUUAUCGGUACACAGAAGUGAGUCAUGCUCUGCAUUUCAUAUAUAUAGUAGUGGUUCAGUACAAGCGCUUCAGAGUGCUCUCAUUAUUCUAUCCUGCUUUAUUCUAUCCUGUAUUAACCAUCUUUCUGUAAUAAACCUUUUUUUACCAUCAGAGGACAAGUCUGCGAGUGUUGUCUAAUUUCAACAACACUUUAGCUGCAUUAGCCAAGGAAUCUGCUCAUUCACAAAGGCGAUUUGCAAAGAAACAUUCACAAAAUGUAAAGUGCAAUAUUUACGUCUUCUGGAUCUGAAGCUGGAUCACGAACAGUUGGUACGGAUCCAUGUUUGAGAAUCAGCUUUUCAGCAAAUCCUGUUUUGUAUUGACCCUCAUUCACAAAGCAGUCUGGUGUAAAAUGAUUCAGACAAACAUACACGAACGUAGCUCUUUUUUGGGGCACAUUUCCCUCAAAAAUAAAAACUACUCCACUGCGUCUUCAGUGGCUCCGAUGCUGGGAGUACAUGACUCUUAUGCUUAUUUUUACAGCCAACAACAGAAAACUUAUAAUGCUUAUGAAGCCGAGACAUUCUUCUUAUCACUGUAGCUUCUCCAGCGUGGAAAACAUGGCGGACUGUGUGCAGCUCACUCAGGGGAGGAGCUAUGCUAGUAGGGCAGAGUCCGUCACCAUUUGUGGGUGGGGCCUGUCCCAAUGUGAC